GCGUUUGAGCCGGCCAAUCAUAACGCAGAGAAGGGGUUGAGGAAGCUCCAGGAGGCGGUGGCGGCGGGUGUGGCCGCGUUGUGAGGGCCGACCAAGAUGGCGGAGGGCGACAACAACAGCGUCUACCAGCUGGCUGCAGAAACAGCCAGCUUGGAAGAGCAGUUGCAAGGAUGGGGAGAAGUGAUCUUGAUGACUGAUAAAGUUCUUCGUUGGGAGAGAGCCUGGUUUCCUCCAGCGCUGAUGAGUGUUGUUUCAUUUUCUUUCCUGAUGAUCUACUACUUGGAUCCAUCCGUUCUGUCAGGCGUCUCCUGCUUUGUUAUGUUCAUCUGUUUGGCUGAUUAUCUCGUUCCUGCUCUUGCUCCCAGAAUCUUUGGCUCUAACAAAUGGACUACAGAACAGCAGCAAAGAUUUCAUGAGAUUUGCAGCAAUUUGGUCAAAUCUCGUCGCCGAAUUGUUGGAUGGUGGAAACGUCUUUUCUCACUGAAGGAAGAGAAGCCUAAAAUGUACUUCAUGACCAUGCUUUGUUCUCUUGCUGUGGUUGCCUGGAUUGGACAGCAAGUUCACAACCUCUUUCUGACGUAUCUUAUUGUGAGUUUCUUGUUGCUGUUUCCUGGGCUGAACCAGCAUGGGAUCAUUACAAAGUACGUUGGAAUGGCAAAAAGGGAAAUAAACAAACUGCUCAAGCACAAGGAGAAGAAAAAUGAGUGAAGACUGAACUGCUGUUUGCUCUUGUAAAAGGUUUUCUUGGGAACAGUUUUGUGAAUUUAUGUAUAAUUAAGAUAAUAGAAGUUGUAUCGCUCACUGGCUUAACUUUUUUUUAAUGGCUCCAACGAAUGGAAAAUGCCCCUCGAGCACUUGCUAUGGGUUUGUCUCUUGCUGUGCAGAUUGAGGUUCUGUGUUUGAUUUAAUGCAAAAGAUCUUUGACGUGUGGAGCUUAAAUUUCUUCACCAAUUUAAGAGGCCUCAUAAGUACCCUAUGGUAAGAACUUACUGCAGCUGAUCACGGUGGUUCUGUACCUGUUAGUGGUUUGUGGUUACAGCAGGUAUGAUGAAGGCGUUCUGAAUGCUUGCACUUCUCAAAGCCUUGUUACUACUGAGUCCUGUGGAAAGGAGCCCAUGAACUGACUGAGCGCUGGUGGCUGAGCUGAAUCAGAGCUGGUGCAGGAGGUUGGUCCUGUUGUGUCCCUGAAUCCCUUUGUUUCUGUGGCUGUACCUGCCGUGCUGGGCUCUGGGUCCAUCAGCUUCUAGUUGUUGUAGCUGUAGGACAAAGUGUUGCACUGAGGCUGUGGGGUGGGUUUAUGUGUGACCCCCACCCACAGCUCAUUGCUCUGUCACGGAGCCCUUUGCUUUAUGGCUGUUGUGCUGGGCUGUGCUUAUCCAUAGUGCUGGAUUCGUGCUGUGCUCUUCUAUCUCCCUCCUUAUUUUUACAAAAUAACUUUGUUUCUUUGUAAAGCUCCAACCUGUGUUCACGCAUUUUACAAUUGUAUUGUUUGAAGAUGGAGUCUCGGUGUUAUUGUAACAGUCCAAUAGGAAAAUAUAGAUGAUCAGACACUAUUGUCA